AUGACCGUCGCUUCAAACUCCAGAGCAGCCCUACGAUGCUGCACAUCUCUAGCAGGACGUCGCACUGUAGCCACCUCCUCUUCCGGUCCAAUCCGCCCUCUAAUCGCCAGCCUCCCCACCCGUUCCCGCUACCUACCAAAAACACCCGAAUUCUCAAUCGAUCACCUAAUCAUCGGAGGCGGCGUAGUCGGUCUCUCUAUCGCCUCCGCCCUCUCCCGUCGUUGGCCAGACCGAACAACCUAUCUUGUCGAAAGGAAUAAAUCCUUUGGCGAAGAAACUUCCUCUCGUAACAGUGAAGUGAUCCACGCGGGUCUCUAUUACCCCGCCGACUCUCUCAAGACCCGUCUAUGCCUUCGUGGGCGCGAGCUGAUGUAUCAGUACUGCCAGGAGAAUGGCAUUCCACAUAAGCAGACGAAAAAGCUCAUUGUCGGUGCCGACUUUGCAAAGGAGUACUUGGAGAAACUUCAAUCGCACUGCCAAGCUUUGGGACCGCAAGCUCCACCGACAAGAUUGAUAACAGGUCGGCAGGCGAGCGAGUUAGAGCCUUAUCUUUCACCGGAUAUCGCAUGGGCGCUAUUGUCGGAAAGGACAGGAAUCGUUAGCAGCCACGACUUGAUGGCGAAUUUGGAGAAGGAGUUGCUGGAAGCGGAUAAUGCAGAGAUUGUGUACGAUACAAAGGUGGUUAGAGUUGACCCCAAUGAGCCGGAUGUAGCGGCGAGGGACAGUAAGAGGGGAAAUGAUGGAAGUCAGGAUGGGUGGGUUGUGCAGACGCUUACUUCCGGUGCUGAGGAUGCGGAUGCCUUGUUAGCAAAAGUUCUGAUUAAUGCUUCUGGGUUGAAUGCGCCUAUGGUUCUCAAUUCUCUUCUGAAGGAGAUGGGCGCGGAACAGGAUGCAAUUCCAAUGUGGCAUUCGAAAGGCAACUAUGCGGCAUACAAAGGGCUAGGAGCGACGAAUGUUGAGCAUCUUAUUUAUCCUGUUCCUGAUACUAGGAACAAGGGCGCACAUGAGCAUACCUCGCUAGGAACACAUUUAACGCUCGAUUUAGAUGGCAACAUCCGUUUUGGUCCUGAUACUGAAUGGAUCUCACCUCCCCCUUCUUCCACUUCUAGCACCGAGGCGUUGGAUUUCUGGAAACGAAACCUAGUAGUCUCCGAAUCCCGCCUUUCCAGUAUGUACAACUCCAUCACCGAAUACCUGCCCAACAUUGAACCCUCUCAUCUCACACCCGACUACGCCGGCAUUCGACCCAAGUUGAUCGGUCCCGAAACAAAAGGAUUUAUGGACUUCCAAUUCCUCUGGCACUCUUCCUCCUCGCUUUCCUCCCAAAAACUCUGGCAGAGAGCUCCCUAUCUUCCACCACCAAGCACCAGCUGCAUUAGCAAAGCGAGGAAGAGCAUGGAUAGAAGCGAUACGGGUGGUGGUGUGAUGCUUAGUCUACUGGGUAUUGAAAGUCCCGGUUUGACGAGCAGUUUAGCGAUCGGGGAGUUGGUAAGAGAUAUCGUCGCAAACGGCGUUUAUGCCGAGGAUCCGAAGAGAAAGGUUAGUGAGAAUAAGGGCGCAAGGAAUGAGCAUGGUGCUCAUCGCGUUGAUGCUUGGGCCUAG